UUGUAUGUUGUUGAAUUUCCGUUAAACAGAUAUGUACAAAGGCAAAUUAACACGAAAAGUUAAAUUCUCAUACACUCAUACAAAGGUACAUAAAGUCAUUUCUUGCACAAAAAGCUAAAAAUUUUAUAAAAAAAAAAUAUAUUUUUUUUUGUACAGAAGCUGAAAUUCCAAAAAGUGCUGUUGUUGGAGAAGAUAUGGCCACAAACUGGGGCGCCAAAGGCGCUGGUCAAAAUAGUCUGGAUGCAAGAGCAGAUAUGCAAACUGAUUGCAGCGUACAGGAAGCUGAUAAUCCAAAAAGUGCUGAUGUUGGAGAAGAUAUGGCCACAAACUGGGGCGCCAAAGGCGCUGGUCAAAAUAGUCUGGAUGCAAGAGCAGAUAUGCAAACUGAUUGCAGCGUACAGGAAGCUGAUAAUCCAAAAAGUGCUGAUGUUGGAGAAGAUAUGGCCACAAACUGGGGCGCCAAAGGCGCUGGUCAAAAUAGUCUGGAUGCAAGAGCAGAUAUGCAAACUGAUUGCAGCGUACAGGCUGAAAUUAAUAAUUCAGAAAGCUCAAAUGAAUCAAAUGAUGAAGAGCCGCCGGAGUUUGUAUGUACGUCAGAUGACGCAAAUUAUUCGCCUCCCAAAAGAAUGGUAAAACGUCGAAGCACGUCACCGUUUGGAAAAACGCGCCGUGUACGAUGGGGCCCAGGCGAACGCAAGCAACUGGAAAACAUAUUUGGGAAUUUAGAAACAUUGGAAAAGUUGCCAUCGCUUAAAAAUGUUCCCAAAUAA